AUGGCGUCCUUAAAAUCCCGUUUGGAGCACGCUGUUACACCCACUGCCCUCAGAUCNNCUGUUACACCCACUGCCCUCAGAUCGUAUCUUGCAGAGUUCAUUUCCACAUUCUUCUUCGUCUUCGCCUCUGUUGGAGCCACUAUGUCGACGCUGAAAAUGAUGCCGGAUGCAGCAUCAGAUUCAUCCAGUCUGCUAGCUAUCGCAGUUGCAAAUGCCUUUGCAUUAUCAGUAGCAGUGUAUAUUGCUGCUAAUAUCUCCGGUGGCCAUGUGAAUCCCGCUGUUACAUUUGGAAUGGCUAUCGGAGGCCACAUAAGCAUUCCGAUGGCCAUUUUCUACUGGAUUUCUCAGACCCUUGGCUCUGUCAUGGCUUGCGUUCUAUUAAGAGUGACCACUGUUGGACAGCGCGUUCCGACGCACUCCAUUCCGCAAGAAAUGACAGGUUUCGGUGCUGCCGUAUUGGAAGGCGUGAUGACGUUUACAUUGGUCUACACAGUAUAUGCUGCUGCUGAUCCGAGGCGAGGUUCCUUAUCGGUAAUUGGCCCGUUGGCGAUAGGGCUGGUGUCCGGGGCUAACGUGCUGGCAUCGGGACCCUUCACCGGUGGUUCAAUGAAUCCCUCCUACUCCUUUGGUUCUGCACUCGUUAGAGGAAGUUUCAAGAAUCAAGCAGUCUAUUGGAUUGGACCAUUGAUUGGAGCAGCAAUUGCAGGAAUUCUAUAUGAGCAUGUAGUUUUCCCUGCUCAACAAGAGCCUGAUUCAUUGAGGGGAAUUGCUCGUGGAGUAGAAUUUUAA